AUGCCAUCGAGUCGGUAUCAGACCAUGCUGCAGAUCACCCUGUUGCUCUGUUCCGCCCUGCUCCUCGUCGCUGGCCAGAGGAUUCCGGUUCGAGCACCGCCGCAGGAUCUACAGGUGCCCAACUUUGGGGGCGAGAGCUUCGAGAGAUUCGCCGGCAGCUCCCGAUCCGCAUCCGCAUCCGAAUCCGGAUCUUCAUCGGGAUCAAGCAGUGGGAGCAGCGAGAGCCAGGAAACCAGCGGGGAGAUGCGGGAGCAGCUGAAGCAGCUCCUGGGCGACCAGCUGUCCACCGCCUUCGCCUCCCUGACCACCACCCCCUUUUCCCGGCGACAACCGGCCAUUGUGGCACCCACUUCCGGGGCAGCGGCCCGCACACAGUUCGCCACCGAUGAUGCGGACGGAGAUCAGGAUCAGGACACGAAUGAAGAGGAGUCCCCGGAGGAAGAGGGCGGCGCCGAGGAGGAGGGCGGGCCCGAGGAGGAGCAGGCCACUCCUCAACCGCAGCCUGUGGCACCACCUCUUCCGCAGCCUGCGGGCGCCGAGGAGGAGCAGACUGGCGGUCAGGAGGGGCAGACUGGCGGUCAGGAGGAGCUGACUGGCGGUCUGGAGGAAGCCGAGGACUACAAUGCCUGGCGCGACAACUUCUACGACCUCAACGAAGACGGCAGCUACAUCUUUGGUUACUCCAUUCCGCAUGGCGUUCGUCGCUGGGAGAAGGGUUUCUAUUCGGAGGAGCAGCAUGGGAAGGUGGUCGAGGGCUUCUACGUCCAGCCUCGUCACCUUUUCCAGGGAUUGAGAUACGAGUUGCGAUGCUACAGAUCCGAUGCCAAUGGCUACCAGCCACUGCCAGUUGAGUUUCUGACGACGCCGCCAAUUGUGAGGCGCGAUGAGGUGCCCCAGGUUAAUUGCUUUCGUAAUACCGAUGAUAGACGACCAUAA